AUGGCACACGGUCCUCCAGGGCCCGCGGCCGCGCCCAUGGAGGCAUCGGCGGCAGCGGCGGCAGGAGGCCCGAACACAGUCGCAGCCGCCCCUGCGGCUCUCACGGCCGAAGCAAGCGCGUCCACCCCCAUAGCGAUGCCUCCGCCGCCAGCAUGGCCGCCCCCGUAUGUCAUCGAGGAUGGCCUGCGGCGGGUUGCGCCGUACCACUUUGUCUACAACACGUGGUGCAAGGAGCGGUGGCGCGACAGGGCGCUGAUCGAGAUCUUCGAGAGCGAGUUCAGGGACAGACCCCUCGAGUACUACCGGAUGUGCAUGGAGAAGGGCGCGGUCCUGGUCAACGGCAAGAUGGUCGGCCCGGAGCAUAUCGUCAAGAACGGCGAGCUGAUAUCGCACAUCUGCCAUCGCCAUGAGCCGCCCGUCACGGCGGAGCCCGUGCAGAUUCUCGACGAGAACGAUGAGAUGAUUGUCAUUGACAAGCCGUCUGGCAUCCCCGUUCACCCCGCCGGGAGGUACAACUUCAACUCGGUCGUCGAGAUCCUGAGAUCCCAGCGGACCCAGGAUUUCAAGGCGUACCCUUGCAACCGCCUGGACAGGCUCACGAGCGGCAUCAUGUUCAUCGCCAAGAACUCCAAGGCCGCUGAGAGACUUGGGGUCCAGAUCCGGGCCAGGACCGUCCGCAAGGAGUAUGUGGCCCGUGUCAUUGGGCGCUUCCCCGACGGCGAAGUCGUCUGCAACCAGCCCAUCCUCCAGAUAUCCCCCAAGCUGGGGCUGAAUCGGGUGAGGGCCAACGGUCGGCCAUCACGCACCGUGUUCAAGAGGCUCGCCUACUACCCUCCGCAGCAGCCAGCGUCCGGUCAGGGCGAGACUCUGGGCGAGGAGAGCAGGCCAUGGAGGGGCAAGGAGGGAUACUCUAUCGUGCGCUGCCUGCCCGUGACUGGCAGGACACAUCAGCUGAGGGUCCACCUCCAGCACCUGGGUCACCCAAUCGAGAACGACCCGAUAUAUGCCAACUACAAGGUCUGGGGCAUCGAUCUGGGGGCCGACGACCCUGACGCCAACCUCAACAGCGACGAGGACAUUAUCUCGCGGCUCUCGCGCAUGGGCAAGGAGGACGUUGCCGAGGCGGUAGCGUACUACGACGAGAUGGUGGACCAGUACUACAAGAAGAAGGCCGAGAAGAUGUCCGGGGAGCUGUGCGAGGUGUGCGAUACACCCUUGUACACCGAUCCCGGCCCGCACGAGCUCACGCUAUGGCUUCACAGCCUUCGAUACGAGGACGCGGCGGACGGGGCUUGGAGCUACUCCAGUCCCCUCCCGAAGUGGGCCAUGCCCCCGGAGGGAAUGAGUGGUCCCACCAAUGUUGGCGGCAUGGACGACCUGGUUGGGGCGGUGAAAGACACCAAUCCGGAGCUCGCAUCGUCGCCACAGUGA